AAUCAUUUAGCCCUACCCACUUGUUAACAUGCAUCUAUGCUGCUGUCCCAUCAGCUUUCCUGACGAUGGCGGCGACAGCGAACGCCCUUACGCCUCGAAUGAUCCCGAUGAAGACGGCGCCGUGCUCACGUCCACGCUGCUCCCGGGCCAACCCGACGACAGAGAAGCCUCCCUCUACGUGGACUCGGAGCAAAUAGAGAGACCCCCGGCGCACUCUCAAAGCGGAGUUCCUCAGACUUGGGUCACCACGGAUUUCUACGCCCAGGUCAGCAACGUCAUGCCCUUCGGGGGUGUGGUGCUGUCCCCCGGCCAGCAACUACGAACGCAGGAAGGCGGCCCGGCCUCGAACGAAGACGCAAAGAAGGGGAAGAAAGACUGCGAGGAGGAGAAGAAGCAAAAGGAGCGUCAGUUUCAGCUCCUGGAUUUGGAACCAGAUGGCGACAGC